AUGGAUAAAAGUAUUGAAAGGGAUGCUCCGGUCCCAUCGGUUAGGUCGAGUACGGGAGGCCUUACGGAGGAGCUUGAUAUAAGCGAUAUUGACGAAGAGCAUCAGACAGACGCAUCAACAAUCCGUUCUCUGACGGCUAGCACAGCUCCAUCGGAAUAUCGCUCAAAAUCGACCGUUACAAAAUCUUCUGACCUCGAAAUUACGCAAAUAGACCCACCACCUCAAUCGAGAGCGUCAACUUCAGGGGCAAGCUCGUUUAAAAAAUCAUCAGACUUGGAAAUAACAACGUACGAUGAAGGCAUUCCAGACAUUCCAUUAGUCGCGACGAAUUCUACCCAAUUACUGGUGCAGAAUAUCGAGCAAAUAAAGCAAGAAAAAUUCAAUGCAAAGGAGCAUAUUCUCAAAUCAGAUGUUUUGAAGAAGAGUGUGAGGGACAAAGCAGUUCAAGAACUGAAUUUCGAUCCGUAUGAUAAAAUUUAUAAGGACUUGAUCGGGCUUGAUGUCAACAAAGAGAACCUUAUUGAACAAGAAAUCAAAGAUCGACUUGGGAGAGUUGAAAAAGUUGAAAUGGCAAAAGCGAUUAAGUGCUCCUAUGGAGAGCCAAACAUUCGCGAUUUCGAGUACAUGGAACAAACCAGCUUCGGUUCUCUAACGAUGAAAAACCACGCAUUCCGACUACCUCAAAUCGAAGAGCAGCCCUCAAUCACCGCCUUCGAAGUCUACGAGAAAAUCCAGGCGGCGAUCGAGCGCAUCAGCCCCGAAUCUGAAGAGUUCUACUGA